AUGCAAAACGUUUUUCCUGCCCGUGAACUGUACAAUUCAAAUCCUUGGUAAGUAGAGCAAGCUUGUUAACGAGUUCAUUAAUCUCAGGGAACAUCCGACACUUUCUAAUAUUCCUAAACUACGAAUGUCAACUUAAGUUUAAAAACUGUAAAGUUAGGGCUUAGGGCUCAUUUUCGGUGUUAUAAGAACCAAAGAAAACAAAGAGGACACAACAGAGCCUAGAAAAACAAAAGUUGCAAACAGGUUCUUUUACUGGGAUAAUUAGAACAAACCCAAAGUAAGGCACUUUCAAGUAAAUGAUCUACAAUUAUUCAACACAUUAAAAGUCUUUUGUGUAGCAUUUUAUUUUUUAUUAAAGAAUGCAAAAUUAGCUUUCAUCUUUGAAGCAAUAACGGUUAGUGUGUAGUAUUGAGACGAGCUGAGUACAAAAAUCCUUUUUUUUACCUUAAAUUUAAGCUUAUGUACUUGCUAAACAUGCUACAUAUGCACAAAUGUUGCUCUGAGGUCCAUGUACGUCGCUCGUGAAAAAGGACUAUUUAUUUCUGGCAGGGUGGAGAAAGCAAAUUACAAUGAUUGUGCAACGAGUGUUGUCCCCAAAAAAUAGAGGAAAAGGACAGGCUUCUAAUUAUUCAGUUUCCAUUUUACCUUUUUACAGUCGAGAUUUGUGGGACAGCGAACAGCUGAGUCAAAUAGCCGGUUCUCAAGGCUCACAAAACAGUUCUUCAGAUAUGUUUUCACAAUCCAGAAUGAGCCAGCUAAAGGGUCUUAGCUCCUUUGACGUUUGGUCGCAACCGUCGAAUUCACAGCAAUUAGUAGAGGUAUUGUUUAGCUUGUAUGAUGGGGUUUGAUCAUGAGGAAGUGAUUUAGAUUUUGAAAUAGACUAUCAUACAGUUGGAGUCUUAGAACAUUAGCUUCGUGCCGUGUAGUGGUAGCUGGGUGUUAAAAAAAUGCACUUUUUGUUUGAGUGUCAUUGUAUUUAGCACGAAAGUGCUAAUUGGGGACACUAUUUUUGCGUCUCCUAAUAAAGACGGGACCGCCAUUUUACGUGGUCAUCCGAGCCACGCGAAGGUCUCGCCGCUUGCAGUGCAAAGGAAGUACCUUCAUUUCUCAGUCAUUUUAAGACCCUGAGGAAUGGUCCGGCCCCGGGAAUCGACUCGCGACCUCCCGCUCUGCAGUCAAACGUUCUACCGACUGAGCUAAUCCUGCCACGGCUAUUAGCGGCUAUUCUACAGAGAUCACAUGAGCGAUUAAAGGUCUAGUAUUUUUAGGCCCUUGGAAAGGCUCAUGCAAAGUAGGAAAGAAAUAAAAAAACAAAUGUGGGCUUUUAAGAAAAGCAACAAAUCCCAUGUCCGCGACAUAAUGUGAUCAGUACCUUGUAUUUAGGACGAACCGGUGAAGUAUUACAUGAGGUACUUGACAAAGCCACCGCUAUUUUCUGACUCUGAACGCCAAUCUCAGAAGAUGCAAAAACCUCCGCAGACAGUAAAAAGUUAUAAAGAAAUGAUAGAAAUUCAGAAGAAACAGACAGCCGAGAGAGAUGACAGGUAAGCUAACAUAAAUUUUGCGUGGGAAGUGAUAGGUAAAUUAAUACUGUGAGGUCUGCAUUAAACUUCAAAUACACUUUUUUUCAAGUUUUCUUUUUUAAUUUCGCCACAGGGAUGUUCUUGAUAGUUUCAUAUCAUUGCUUAAAGACUAUACAAAAGAGGUAAGUUCCGGAAAGGGAGAAUAGGCCAUUUGCACUAAGAGGUCAUGUGACAUCGUUUUUAUGAAAAUGAAAGUUAUAUGAUUUUGCAUUCGAAAGACGAUUAGUGGGUCAUAUCUUAAACAAAAUAAUAGUGAUUUGGUUUGUCAAACCCGCACUUUUUUUUUUUAAAUGAGUAAGUUUGUAGCUGGUCACGUGACCAAAAUGUGAUUUUUAAAAUUAGGAAUUACAUCUUUCAGAACACAAAUUUUGCAGUUAAAGUUCAAAGAAAAUGUUGAAAAGAUGAUGUGGUAACGUUUACAGCACAUCUGAGCGUAACUAUCAAACGUAAGAUAUAAGCAAAAAGUAGUUUUGGCCAACAUGUUGGAGGGCAAGAGUAUGCCCUCCAAAAUGGCGGCCAAUACAAAUCAUACUGCUUUGUUGAAAAAUCAAAGUACCAUAAAAUAUCACCCUAAAAUGCGUUUCCUCUCAAGAUUCCAACUCAUCGUUUAAAGGAAGCACUGGUCACGUGACCUCUUAGUGCAACUGGCCUAUUAAAGCUUAUUUCCGUAUGAGUAUAAACCCCGUUUAAACCAACAAGUCUGUUGCGCUGUGAGCAAGAGAAGGGGAACAUGAACGCGUCGUGCCAGAUGCUCCCCGAUGAUCGCACUUAGCUUCGGUAUCCAAGACAGUUAAAACAAAUUCCAGGGAAACCUUUUACCUCUGUUUCACACCUUUAAUGAUUUUUACUGACACGAUAUAUAUAAAGGGCAAUGCAAGAAUUUCUGGAUUUCGCUAUUCCCUCUACGCUGCAAGGAGAUUUUUUAAAUUGUGGCUGAAGUUAGGAGAAAUAUAAUGAGAUACCUAAAAAAGAAAACGUUUGUUUCCUAUGCAUGAAACAAUGCUGCGUAAACUUUCCCCAUACCAGGGCGUUGUGAUCUCUUAAUUAAAGGACUCUCGUAAACCUGAAUUGAACACCAAAAACUUGUAGUUGAAUAAAAUUUCAGGUGAAAACUGCCAUGGAUUCUUUCAAGGACAGCAUCGAUUCUACACUGGCCUCCAAGGCAGAGCAAGUUGCGACAGCUGCAAGCCAGUCAGCUGACCUUAUAAAAAAAUGUAAGCAAAUGUACAACUAUUCAUGCUGCUGUAUUCCCUUUUUCUACUUUCAGUAUGCAAUUGAUAACCAUGUUGGUUAAUUAAUCUUAGUGAAAGAUGACUUGUUGGAGAGCUUUGGAUGUCUCAGGAAGGAUCUUAAAGAAAACGAAGAUCUAAAGGAAAUUAUAACUAAGGUAAGUAUCGAUGGUAAAUAAUUACUACCAUAAUAUUUACGAAUAAAAGAAGAAAAGAGCGACAGCAUGAACGUCAAUCGUCGCGAGCACUAAAUGGUGGGAAGUUUGGUUGAGCGUUGACGCCCUACCAUAGAUUUAGAUCAGGCUAACUUAGACGAUGUAGAAUUCCCAAUCCAUUGUGAGAUCUUCGUCCAAUUUCAAAUUAAAAAACCGAGCUUAGAAACAUUUGCUGUCGAAUUAGAUGCAGGUGUAGGCUGAAAAACCAAAAGAAAUUGGGAAUGGACAGAUUCAGUCGAUUGCUGGUAGUCGUAAAGUAUUAUCGUCGACAGCCCUUUUUUUUGCUAGUAAUUCUGUCUACUCCUUCACACAGAAAAACGAAAAGAUCGCAGAAAAAGAUUCGCAAAUCAAGAUGCUUCAAUCUCAACUGGAAGAUUGCCUCACAAGAGAAGAGAAGUUAACCGAAAAAUAUAAGAAACGCAUGGAAAGAGAAGACGAGGUGCUGAAGAAACUAGACGAGAUCAGCAGUAGACAAGCGUCCACGGAAAGAGGAUCUCUUCUUCAACGAUCUUCCACUGUGGGAAAUACCAUCCUUAACCAAUCUGCUAAGUGUGUGAAAGAUGAUAUCACAGAAUAUGUUUCUCAAAACCGGCCGAACAGAGCUUUUCAAAAUCAGUUUGCUUGGAACAGUACUGAGGUAAUGAACUAUUGUUGAACCUACCCACUGAGUAGUGGUAGAGGGUCAUUAUACGCCGUUUUAGUGGAUUCCCUUUGGAUUCCCUCGCAAAAAGUGGAUUCCCUUCUUUACCUAUACAAGAUUCCCUCGCGAAAAAGUGGAUUCCUCCAUACUAAUAAGUGCCUUCUUCCAUAUGUAAUGAGCAUGUUUCUACUACAAUAGGAACAAUAGGCUUACCCAGGCUUGCCCGCUCUAUACCCACCCUGAUUGGCUCAUGUAGUAUCUAUUAUUUGUUCAAAAUAAAAGCAGGUAGAUUUCGAACGCGCUAUCUUUGUUGCAAUCGCUUUACUGAGAAAACAAUUUAUUCGAGUUCGUUUGUUUGAGAAAACCUUUAUUCACUUUUUGAGCAUCAUGGCUUUCGUUAACCCUAAACCCUAACCCCAACCAAAGUUUCUGAUAGACUGCUUGCAGUCCUUCUUUUCUCUUAAAAUCCGUCUAGUUUUUAUCUCAGCUAGCGCGAUUGCAAACCACGACGUCAUAAGUUACAAUAAGGGAUUAGGACCAGCUUACGCCCUCGUUUAUCGCGGCUCGCGGCGUGCUUGCGUGCUUGGGUUUCUCGUGCAGUAACUUUGCAAAGAAAAAUCAGAGACUGCUCGCAGUCUAAGUCUCUGAGCGUUUCACGCAGCGUUAGUCAGUUAAUUAUGCGAGUUAACAAGCCCGCCGUUGCAUACAAAUUACUCUGAACAAUCUCAUCGUGAUGGUUACACAAUAAAACACACCCGUCAUUUUCAAAAACAUUUCCUUUUUAAUUUUCAUUUCUAUUAGACGUUCAAAUAUGACAAAAAUCCUCAAGCUUUUUACCCACACACAUGUCUAAUGUCUAACAUCGUCUUUAACAAUUUAUAAUACACUGAUGUUGUUUAACUUCUUUUAAAGCAGCAUCUACCGCCUUUUGAGCCACAAACUGUCGUUUGUCCUCAUCGCGGGACAGGUGCAAAAAAUCUAAUCGUUCUUUGCUAUUAUGCCAUUUAUUUUCUCUCCUUUCCCGUUCCCGCUGUCUCUCCUUUCUUCUUUCCUUUUGCAGCCUUUUUUUGUCUUCUUGUUCCCCUCGAAGAUAAAUCUCCUCAGCCUCCUGUCUCUGUUCCUUUUUGGACAGUUCCUUCUUCCGCGGCAAAUGCGCAAAACGCGGACUCACAUGGAACGAAUGAGAACGGCGGCGACGGUCUUCCAGAGCAUUAUCCACUGCUCUCCCAACGACAAAACGCCGCUUUUCUUCCUCGGUUAACUGUAAAAACUUUGCUAAUUCUUGGGCUUUCUUUUCACGCUUGAACUGUCCCUCAGCCGCACACCUCCUCCGCCACUCACUUGUCUCCCGACUGGUCACUUCAUCUUCAUCCUCACGAUCAUUAGGAUCAAAAUAACCCCUCUCCCAAGAAGACCAGCCCCAACAACCAUCAACAUGAUCAUUCCAACCCAUCGCAAACAGUGAACAACCGCUUCUCAAUCGAUAACACUGCGAAGGAUUUGUGUAAAUAUUCUCGUUCAAUGCACUAUUUAUUUAAAUUUUUGGCGGAAAAAAACCCACAAAAAACCACAUGUCACUCAAAAGAAAAAUACAUCCCUGAGGCACUAUUGUCUCCACGUGUACUUUCGAUUUACUCAAAAAGAUGUUGUUGUUUUUCAAAAAAAGGCGCCAAAACCUUGGCUGCAUAAAAUUACGCUGCGACAACAUCCUGGCACUGAAAAAAGAUUAAGAGAAUCCAGUUUUGACGAAAGUUAUUUUUAUCGAAAACGUAAACACAACAAGACACUAUCAUAUCGCAAUUGGACAGACUUUUCUAAUACAUAAACUGUUUAGAUAGCAAAAUUCCCUGAAAUAAGUCAUUUUUUUUAAUCUACAUGACAUUAACUCUCUUGGCCGUCAUGUAAAUGCCGCGUCACGCAAAAGCUUAGAAAUUCAAGCGUACUCUAUCACAAAACCAAGAACCCUUUUGAAGCUAAAAUUUGUAUGAAAAUUAGUUUUCAGCUGCUCUAAUACAUCGUGAAAGUAAAAUUUUAGUAGGAAAGGAAGUUUGAAUUUUAGUGACGUCGAGUGAAAGCCAACAAUAGUGCCUCAGGGAUGUAUUUUUUUGAGUGACAUGUGAUUUUUUGUGGGUUUUUUUCAGCCAAUUAAAUAAAUAGUGCAUUGAACGAGAAUAUUUACACAAAUCCUUCGCAGUGUUAUCGAUUGAGAAGCGGUUGUUCACUGUUUGCGAUGGGUUGGAAUGAUCAUGUUGAUGGUUGUUGGGGCUGGUCUUCUUGGGAGAGGGGUUAUUUUGCUCCUAAUGAUCGUAAGGAUGAAGAUGAAGUGACCAGUCGGGAGACAAGUGAGUGGCGGAGGACGUUUGAGGCUGAGAGACAGUUCAAGCGUGAAAAGAAAGCCCAAGAAUUAGCAAAGUUUUUACAGUUAACCGAGGAAGAAAAGCGGCGUUUUGUCGUUGAGAGAGCAGUGGAUAAUGCUCUGGAAUACCGUCGCCGUUCUCAUUCGUUCCGUGUGAGUCCGAGUUUUGCGCAUUUGCCGCGGAAGAAGGAACUGUCCAAAAAAGAACAGAGACAGGAGGCUGAGAAGAUUUAUCUUCGAGGGGAAGAAGAAGACAAAAAAAGGCUGCAAAAGGAAAGAAGAAAGGAGAGACAGCGGGAACGGGAAAGGAGAGAAAAUAAAUGGCAUAAUAGCAAACUGAACGAUAAGAUUUUUUGCACAUGCCCGAUGAGGACAGACGACAGUUUGUGGCUCAAAAGGCGGUAGAUGCUGCUUUAAAAGAAGUUAAACAACAUCAGUGUAUUGUAAAUUGUUAAAGACGAUGUUAGACAUUAGACAUGUGUGUGGGUAAAUAGCUUGAGGAUUUUUGUCAUAUUUGUACGUCUAAUAGAAAUGAAAAUUAAAAAGGAAAUGUUUUUGAAAAGACUUUUCUGACGCGGAAUAGCAAAAGCCUUUCUACAAAACCAAUAGAACUUCUUUGACUCAGAACUUUUAUUCACUUGCUGACCUUGCUGCCUGUGAGUUACAAUUCUCUCUCUGGUAAAUUAGUGUUACACCUUUUUUAUAGCAGCCAGAAAACCAUCUGCUUAGUGUAAACUAAUGCUGACGUAAGUCUAAUCUGAUUGGUUGAGACAGCCUCAUUAGCAUGAAACCCUCGAGAUAAUUAAUUGUGAAAAUAGGUGAAUAAUCGUGAUACCUGACUUAACAUUCCAAUAAAAUGUCCCCUUAGGUAACUUAUCAUACUGUAACCACUGAAGAACAUCCUCAAAGCUAAAAUUUGCAUUGCUUGCAUUUUUAUUGUUUAAUACUUAGCCAAGCAAUUGCAACAAAGAUAGCGCUUUUGAAAUCUACCCGCUCAGGAGCCUAUCCGCUUUUAUUUUGAACACAUGAUAGAUACAGUUGUACUACAUGAGCCAAUCAGGGUGGGUAUAGAGCGGGCAAGCCUGGGUAAGCCUAUUGUUCCUAUUGUAGUAACCAGCGAUCAGGCGAUUUUUUUUUUGGCUAGGGGAAAAAAUACAGACAUAUUAGUGUAAAUUCUGCAAGCAGAAUACUGCAAUGCUGAUCGUACUACGUGAAAAUUAACUCUGCAAGACAUCAACACGACACCGAAAGAACUCAACGGUCUUCGGCAUAUUCGUUUGCGGUCCUUUGUAUUGCAGUCCCUUGUGGUUAAUGUUUGCACUUUUAAAAAAAUACGCCGUAUUUUUUUUUGCCCCCGCCAAAAAAAAAAUCGCUUAAAAAAACAAAAAAUUCGCCUGAUCGCAUGUUACUAUUGUAGUAGAGACAUGCUCAUUAGAUGUGGAGGAAGGCACUUGAGGAAUCCACUUUUUCGCGAGGAAAUCCUGCAUAUGUAAUGAAAAGAAGCGCAAUAAAACGAUGAAUUGAAAUCUUACUACUAUUGAUCAUUAUAAUGAAAGGAAUCCAUUUAUUUCGAGGGAAUCCAAAGAGAAUCCAUCAAAACGGCGUAAAAUGACCCUCUACCAUUACUCCACUGAGAUGAUGGAACACCAAUGUUGAACCUAACUACCCCUACUCCAUAAGCACUUGAAUAGCUUGCGUGAAUUCCCUUCCCCUUCUCUCGAACGCCCGCCACCGUCGCGACGGCGCUAACGCUUGUAGGGCAGUUGAAAAGAAAGUUCGUAUAUAGACUCUUUAUCAACUUAAUAUCCUUCGCCCCAUCCAUGUAUGUAUUAAAGGUAAUCCAAAAUAGUCUUUGAUUCUGAGUUGCAUGCUGUGGAUUCCGGAUUCCAGGUACAGGAUACCGGUUUUCUUCUCCAUGGAACUUUGAUUCUAGAUUCCAAUCGUUAGCGGGAUUCCGGAUUCCUUGAGCUUUAAGGUUCGGAAAAAACGGGAAACAAGAAACGUGCAACUUGUCUUGCAACAUUGCUGCAAAACUUGUUGUUUAGCGAUGUUUCCCGUUUUACCACCAACAUAAAAUUCUGUCUUGCAACAAAUCAGGUUCAGUUUUUAACAGGUUUGAACGUGGGUGGUAAAACGCGCAACAUCGCAAUUCAACUCCUUUUGCAGCAAUGUUGCAAAGCAAGUUACUCGUUUUUUGUUCCCCUUUUUUCCGUACCUUUAUGGAUUCCACGCGCAAUAAAAGUUCAGGAUUCCGGAAUUCGGAUUUUCUCACAUGGAGCGAAUUAAAGCCCUUGUCUGGUUGGAAUGAAAAAGAAAAAAAGGAGUUGGCGAACAAAUCAAAAUGACUGCAUUAAUAUGGUUAUAGGUUUUAGAGCCCACUGAAAACUUCUGCUUGAUCUGAUCAUACAAAUUGACAGGUACCCAACGUGAGAUUGCAUCACAUGGCUCCAGAGACCCAACCAGUGCCUCAGCCAUCAAUCCAAAACAUUGCAGCAUCAAUACCUUUCAACCAUCAACUACAAGGCUCUACCAACAGACAGUUAAUACCGUCCCUAGACUGUCAGUAUCACCCACAACCAUCACUACCUCACGCGUCUGAAGCGGACGCAGUUGUUCCUAGCGUGAAUAUCCAGUACCAAACAGGCAUAGCUUCAGGCAAUCAACAUCAGCCGAAUGUUCAUCCCACUGCGGCGAUUGCUCCUAUGCGUCCUGUUUCACACGAUAUUCAGCAGUCUUCUCAUCUGCAUCAGAGCUCUAACGUAGCGGAGCGUCACGUCUUGCAACAAGGUAUGCGGAAUGAAAUGGGAGGGCCUUAGGUUUGUCAGUAUUCUACUGUAAAGUGCUACCCUCAUUAAAUGGAAAGGCAUAAAGAGUAUGAAAUCAACUGUCGGAGGACGGUAAACUUCCGCUCAUAAGCCCUUGGCUUAUGUAACUUUGUACUGAAAGGGCUUUAGGAGGGCUUAUAAACAAGGGGGCUUGUCCAAGGGUCUGGGUGGGCUUAUAACUGGAGGUAUUUUCUUCUUUCGGGGUAGAUGGACUUAUAACUGGAGCGGGGCUUAUAAGUGGGGGGCUUAUAGGUGAAUAGGUGAAAGUUUAUGGUACUCCGGAUUUAUCUUCAGUUGAUCAGGCGGCGUUACCAUCAGAGUUGGAAGCUGUCCCUGUGUCUGCGAAAUACCCCGAGGAGAAUGUAAUCAGACCCUUCACCUCUCCAAGUGUUCGUGUACCUACCUUGACAAACGCUGCCUGGCCAAAGCAAUCCCCCAUAGCUGCUGUUCACCCGCAGAUUCGCGUCAAGAGGGAACUUGAAUCAGAAAAAAUGAAAGGUACGAGCUCUUAGGGGCUACGUCACAUGUCACAGGACAAAUUUUUGACCGAUUGACAGUUCGUGCGUUCGCGUUCACACCGAACCACCUAACCGUAAGAAAAUUUAGACGCUUAGCCACUCAAAAUUCCUUGUAAACAGAGCCAAAAUAUUCAGAUAACGGUCCCGUAUGAACAAAGUGCCCGGUCAAAUUUUCAGGCCGUCGACAAUUCGUCCUGUGCAGUGUGAAUGCAGUUCUUAUUUUCUUCUUAUUAUACUUAUGGCUUUAUGACUCUACAGUCUCAAGUGGUGUUCUCGGCUUACAAAACUAAAACCACUAGUUGUCAGAGAUCAUAGUGAUACGUGACUAAUGGCAAUGUGUCCCUGGAGGGACCCAUUCAGUUUCACACUACUUUCUUUAAUUGCUUUGACGUGGUAGCGUACAUCUAUCAUAACUAAUACUUUUUUUCCUUACAGCAAGCAGACCUUGUGCUAAGGGCCCUCGAAAGGAAGAUCCUUUUGACAUAUUCGUCUUUGACUUAACCUCGUCACCGGAGGAUGAAAUUUGUGAGAUCCAGAAGUCCAAACCCGUAUCCCUAAAGACAGCCUCCCAAAGCGUAGCAAACACUCACAGAACGAGGUCAAAGACCAUCAAGUCCUUGAAGAAUGCAGUUGAAGAUAAAACGACCGUGAGCAUUGCAGAUUCGAAUGACCUUAAAAACCAAAAACGGAGCAAAUCUAAAAUCAAUAGCUACUUACCUUCAGUCAAGAAACGUACUUCCAGUCUGCAUGGAAAGAUAAGCCCCGCCUCAAAACAUUACAAGGAGGCAAAGGAUAACACUGAUGGCUACAGUCUUGUCCCCACCACACCAAACCGUCCAGUCAUAGCCGCAGUAGAAAAUGGCAUCCCAAGAUCUAAAAUUGCACAGAGUGUUUUCCAGGUAACCAUUUGGUUGUAUUUUUGAUAAUCCGCUGUCUUCUUUUGUCGCUUAUACUACUACAUGAGAAAUUUCUGCAAUUUGAUUGGCUUAGAGCAGUGGUAUUUCAGCUUAAUUUGAAAUACCUACAUGUGAAAAUUACAACCUUUUGUGGGUAGUAGUAUAAACAAAUAAUAGCAUCAUUUGUACGUGAUAUUUGGCAUAAUAUAAAUACCACUCGUGACAUUUCAAAAUUGUCUCAAAUUUCACUCUCCUAACGGCUCGUGAAAUUACGUAUAACAAUUUUGAAAUAUCACUCGUGGUAUUUAUGCCAAAUAUCACUACUAAUCGUGCUAUUACCUAUACAAAUUUACUUUGGUCUCCGUCCAGUAGCCUCCGUUAUAAGGUAAUUCAAUUUCAGGGGUGGAGUAGGGACACAGAAGGAGAACGAGUAUUAGGGGCCAAAAUAGUGGGCCCCUUUCUCUUUCUCUACUGCGCGAAAAUAUGCCGAGACUUAAAUUGCAAUGUAACGUUCACGUCGGAUAUCUCAGGAACUAAUGGUUACGUGAAAAAUAGAUAGAUGAAUGAAUAAAAUGAACAAAAAAUCUACGUAUAUAGGUAAACGAAUUAAAAAAAAAAAAAAUUAUUGACAUUUUAAUAGAGAACGGGCUGAAGACUGACAACAAUAUUACAAUGAUAAGACUAUCAGAGAGCAAGACAGAACCAUUUUCCAACCCCUUCUGAAAGAGAUAUUGUAACCAAAACUAUAGAACACUUUUAUAACCUGACGGAUUUUUUGUGCGUUUUUCAGGGUUCCAAGACUUCUUUCAAGCGGAACCAGCUGGCAGCAAAAAGAAAACUUUCUUUUGAUGCGUCCGAGCUCUUUGAAGGUGAGCGAUGGGGAGAGAAGUGUGCAUUAAUUCUUUACUGACUUUUUUGGUUCGAUUCUGAGUUAGUUCUUUCUUGAGGCCCAGUGAGAAAUAAUAUAUGGAUUUAGCUAGGGCUAAAAGCGAAGCUCUGGUUAAUAAUACUUAUAAACAAAAAAAAUUUAAAUCGUGUAAUGCUAAACAGGGACGACGGCGAAAAUGGCUUCAAGACUAACGGAUCUAAUUAGCAAAAAACAAAUUGCACGUGCAGCACACUUUUUCUUCUAUAAUUAGCAAAAAACAACUUUGCACUUACAGCACGCUCUUUCCCUUGCCGUUGUUUUGUACGACUACAACGCUGUUUUGUACGAAUAAAACGUCAAACUUCCUAGUUACACAUUAUUUUUAGGGAGGAAUUGUCGUAUGAACUUACCCAAUAUUUUGUUUCCUGUAUUCAUGUUCCCUUUUAUUUUUCACUGCCGCUCAUUUUCACCUUGCUGGCCGCUCCUUGCUGCAUGGGCGCUAGCAUUUCUAUGUUUUUCUUCCUACGAAAAUCGUCUCCUUUAUUUUCAAUGACUCGCUCUGGCUCUUUCUCUGUUAAAAAAUAACGCCGAAAAAGACACGACUUUGUUGUUGUUUUUUCUUUCUAAAAGUCCUGGCGCCCAUGUGAUUUCUUUCCAAAUAAAACCUUGAAUUUUAUUUGGUUUGCCACACCUGUUGAUUGAGUUAUUUUUUACAUUGGCAUGCCUGUGGCGCUCGCUCGCUCGGUGUACGGUCACGUGAUUACCAAAUAAAUUUUCUGAGAUGGGUAGAUUACCACAUUUCCUUUGCUAUGAGCCCCAAAGUAAGCUGGCCGGUCAAAGGCUCACGAUACCAGACACAGAUUGGAAUAUAUCGUAAGCAAAGUUUUUGUUUUGUUUUAUGUUUUAUUUUGUAUUUCAUUUGCCUUUUAGGUCUCGAAGAUGAUACAAGUAUACAGCAGAUUACUGAGAGUAUUCGCAAGCAUUCGCAAAGAAAAAGGGUUGUUAAAGUACUAUAAUCGCCGAUAUCAUCUUUAUUUAGACACUGAGCCGCACGAUUUAUAGCUCGUAUUGUCUCUUUGAAAGAUUGCCGCAUACUGAAUAGAAAAUGGGAAUAAUGAAACCAUGAUUGUUGGACACCUUGAUUGAGCCUUUAAAUCAUUUUUGCACAUUAACAAGUUAUUCAAUUUUCCCAUUAUUUUAUAAUAUAAAUCUAGAACAGCUUGUAGCCUGUCAUAAGAGCAAAUUCGUUCCACAACUGUCUGCAGGAAAUUAAUAGAGGAGAGAAAACCCUUCUUAUUUUCGAAUGAAUCAAGGAAACGCUAAUGGGAGAGAUUGAAGUACAAGCCUUCAACGUCUUUGUUACAGAAUAAAUUUUUGAACUGAAAAAAUUUUUAUUUCAAUAAAGGAACUUAACACUUUUACAGUAUCAAAUAUACCUUUUGCAUCUACCGGAUAAAUCACUUGAACAACUGGGGCGAGAACCGCAAAACGACGUUUUAAACGCGUGCGUUUUAUUCUAUUUAGAGACUGGGAUCUAAUUAUUGAACGAGCCAAUUAACGCACGCAAUCAGGUGUUUUUGACUACGUCGAAUAAAUAAGUGAAUUGCUCACUGGCACUUGACACAAAAAAUAAACAGCUGAAAUAGAUACUCAUCUUGGAGAUCGGAGGGCGAUCUCUGGAUUUUUUGCUCCUGAAGAAAGCUUAAAUUGAUGCUGUCCUUAACUAGCCUUGGGCUUAAACUGAAAGCCAAAGAUUCACUGCCAGUGAAAGCGGAAAGUGAUGUUGUAUGCGAAGCGUUGAUGAUGGAGCUUGAAUCGCAAAUCAAGGAUGUUGAGAGGAUCAAUCGUGAUGUUGAACGGGAAAAAAGGAGAUUGUCAAACAUAGCGGACUACUCUUGGCUCAUUAGUACACCUUCAAAAUCCUUUGAAAUUCCACAAAUCGAACGCCUUGCUUUAGAACAGUUAGCUUCGAAAGUACGACCCGAAGACAGCGGGAGCAUAAUUUCAGAGUUUCGGAACGUUGUGGAAGGAAUACCGCGUGACACAAGCGAACUGCCGCAAGUUAUGCGAUGUAUAAUUGAGAAAAACCUUCUAGAACGCCCGACUAAAAGCGAAGAAACGGAAUCAACCCUCCGAUGGAUGACAAGGAGUCUAUCGCAGCUCAGAGCGAUAUCAAAUCACACAUCAGGAAGGGUUUAUCCUGUUGAAGAUAUCGAACUUCAAAGUGUGCCCGAGCCAAGGCGAGUGAAAAGUAUGUCUGACUUUCCUCGUUCAAGAAAUUUUAUGCCCGUAUAGUUUUUAUAGUUAAGACCUAAAUAUUAGAUGCUUAGCUUGUAGAUAUUUUAAUCCUUAUUUUUACAACUUCAGUCUCUUCCCCAUGCCGGCCCAUACGACCAUGUACCGAUGCAUGCAUCGCCACGUUUUGAUGUCGUUCUGUUAAUUUUUCUUGUAUCUUUAAAAGGAAGUCUGCCGUUGACCUAAAAUUGUUGUUACAUCAAGCUUAAAGAAUGUUUUAUUGACUGUUGCAGUCACGUAACCGCCCUACCUGAAUAACCUAGCCGCAAAUGCGCGAAAACAUUUCAAGUAAUAGUUUAUAUUUUUAUACAUAAGCAACAAAACUAGGAGUAAACAGAGUAAAGACUUCAGUUCUAUUUCAGGGCUGGUUUCUCUAUAAUUGCUAUGGUAGCUCAAACUACUGGAGUUGUUUCUGCACUUGAGUCAUGGCGAUCAUAUUUAUUAGGGCCUCUUCACAUGAGCGCGGUUAAACGGGCUGGCCCGGUUACUAGGACCAAUAGAAAUUUCAGCCUGGUUUCCGAGACAAAAAAAGGCCAAAGAUCGUGGGGACGAGUUGUGGUGGGAACUUUGAGAAACAAAGCAAGCAUGACAAAACACAAAGAUUUUAUCUUUUGAGCCUACCAUAGCUUAGGCAACCCAUAAAGCUGUAUUGCUGCAGUUAAAUGGGAUGCUUAUGAUGUGGAAAACACAUACAGCAAGCAAUGCAAGAUGAUGCCAUCUGGGCUACCAGAAUUCAUCCCGGUAACC